UUGAUAUUGAGCGUUAAUUGAACAACUGUAUAGUGUAGGCGGUGUAUUUAUUUAGAAUUCGGACACUUGAAGUUAAUUUUUCUGAUUUGUUUCCUUUUUCUUAACUUGGCGGACCACGUGCGACUGAGAAUAACAAUGACACGACUUAAAGUUCAGCUCUUCGUGCUGCAGUGGGUGACUUCCGGUUUCUUGGUUAGUAAAGCUUCAUUGCCUAUGUCUCCAUCUGAUAUUUUGACGAGCAUUAAAAAAUCCUGCAAAGGUGCUGUUCUAGCAUCACACAAUGGAACUACACAUAUGAUAUGUGUAGAAAACACUACACAGCAUUACACCCUGGCAGCUGUGUGGUGCCAUGAGCUUGGCUGUGGAUCACCAAUUUCUACACACUUGGAUAUACCUGUGAAUAAUACUUCCAUGCCAUUCCUAGAGGUGUUGAACUGCAAAGGAUCUGAGCCUAAAGUGUCUGAUUGUCAGCUGCAUGGAGGGUCUGAAGAAAGGUGCAAUUCCAGUAAAGUCUUGGUAGUAGACUGCUUGGAAGAUUCAACAGUCAAAGAAGAGAAUAUAGACAAUGAGACGGGUCGUCUAGUUGGAGGAAGAACAAAAUGUGAUGGUUAUGUGGAAAUACUGUCAAAUGGAAGUUGGAGCUUAGCAUGCUCUUCAGGAUUCAAAGAGAAUGAAGGGGCUGUUCUUUGCCGCCAGGUUGGUUGUGAAGCUGAAUGGGUGUCAAUCACACCUACUAAAAGAAAGCAAACUUUAGGACAAUCUCAACAUCUACCUUUUGAGAAGAUUAAAUGCAUUGGAAAUGAGUCUUCUGUUUCAGUUUGUCAAUAUAUUGAGAAUGACAACUGUACUCCAGCGUACAAUGUUUACCUCACCUGUAAUACAGAAAGACCUAAAGAAAAUUGGCUUACAUGGCUAGCCUUGAUGGUUGCUGCCAUUAUUAUCACAGUCUUUUGCUUUGUACGAGCAAUGGAGUCACUGAAGUGCUGUCAUCGGAUAAUGGGAAGACAACAUCCAUCCAGGUACAAAAGUGCGGAUCAGCAAUGGAGAUGCUGUAAUGGCAACACCUCUCCUGUCCAUAAAAGAAGAAGACGGCAACCUGAGCUUCAAAUCAUGGUGGACCCUGUAGAAGACAAGCAAAGCACAUUGGGAUCACCAGUUCUAAGAGAGCCAACAGAUAUCAAUGCCCUUCUUGCACCACAUGGAUUUCAGCUGAACAAUUCAAUCACCCCCCCUCCAAGUUACAUGAAUGCUCUCAAAGUCAUUUCCAAGCCUCUGGACAACACACAAACCCCACCUCCCAGCUAUUUGGAAGCACUCAAAGUCCUGUCCAGACCAGUUAUUGUCCAUGUGCCAGCAGAUUUGGACAAUGAGGAAGAAGAACUUCUUGCAAAGAAAUCAGAACCCUCAGAAGAGAGGCAGUAGGUUGGCUUUAGCAUCUUGUGUGAGAUAAUGGAGAUAAGAGUAAGUCGAAUCUUUGCAAUGGGGAAAAGGGCUGCCAUCAUUACUAAGCCUGCCUGAUACUUCUUGAAUAUUGUGUCUAGAUACUCCACUUAUCAUUGAAGACCUUAGCAGUCUGCCUUGAAAAAUAUAUUUAUCAGACAUUAUUUUAAAACUAAUUUUGAAAUCAACAACCUUGUAGAAGGAGUAUGAAAAUAUGUACAAAACAAGAAAAACAUAAUCAGCUGUAUUAUUUUUUAUCUUUUUCUUUUUAACACACAUAAAAUAUUUGUGUUAGAUUACAUCCUAUUAAGAAACAUUGUGCCAGAAAUACUGACUCAGAACAGUUUAGGAAUCGUCAGUGUAGCAUUUAACUAACAGAACUCAAAGUCUACGCUGCCCAUCUUCUAUCGGCUAUUUAUUUUUGGAAAUGUUAAAUGUAAAAAAAAUGAAUUAAUGCUGAAGUAAAUACAUAUCAUUCUUUGGACUGGGUCAUGACUUAAAUUAUUACUCACUACCUCAAUUGUCAAAUCAGUAAAUCUACAUAUAUGACAAUGUUUUAAGGAAAACUCUCACAAAGUAUUUUCAGCAAGCUUUGGGGAUACUGUAUAGACAAUGAAAGCAAAUAUACAUUAUUUAAUAUCUAUGAAUAAUGCAUUGCCAUUGAAUUCACCUGGCUCUAGUAGGUCUCUAGUAAAUAGUCUUUUUGGAGAAGCACUUUCACAGUGCUUGGUUGAGUAUUGCUAUAAUCAUACAAGAUCAAAACAAGGUGGUUACAUCAGGAAAUAAAGCAACAGGCUAGACAGGUGAAGAUGAAGAAACAAGGAAGAAGUCCCUGUGCUAAAGUCUUCUUGGAAGUGCCUUUCAGCUUCCUGUAUUCUAAAGAAAUGGAAAAUGCCUGAAAAGCUGGGCCGGGCAGUAACAAGGUUUAAGACAGGCAAUAAAACUCUAAGCAAAAAUCAAAUGUUAGGAAACAAAGUAAAUGUCCUUUCACAAUCUUAUUUUAUGAUGCCCCUAAUUGAAAUAUCAAUUUUUGCCUUUAUGAUAAAUAGACUUUAAUAUAAAGAUGUCAGAAGCAAUACUCCACUAUCUUUUAUAGGUAGGGAAUUCAGUCAGUAUGUGUGUGACGACUAAUUAGGCUGACCCUAAACUCUGAAGUGAAUCUGAGACUUGGACCCAAAAGUGAUUCCUGGAAUGGCAUGAAAGCUGUCUAUGGUCAAAGUCACAGAGAUGAGAUAGGUAAAUUAUUUUGAAAUACAGUAGUACUUGGAAGGUGGACAUAUUAUUGAACCAUCACUCAGGACAGACAAAGCAGUUGCCUGUGGAGGAUAACUUAAUUUUUUUUUGUUCCUUUCUUUCCUUGGUUUUAGCUCAACUUUUAUUUACUAGUACAAUGUGUAUUAUAAGCUAAAAAGAACAUUAACAUAUAUUUGAAUCUCAUCAGCAAUACUUUGGGUGUGGAUAGACCCCCUUUACCAGCAUUUUUCAUAGAAACAAAAACCAGAAAUAUGUAAGAAAUUGUGCUUAUGAGCUGUGCAAUUUAGGAAGUCAUCAGUCAUUGAUAAAAAAUGAAUGUAUAAAAAUGUGAAGUAAUCGCAUAUUGUACAUAUUCAAAAUAUAAACUAAUAAAAUGUGUAUCAGUGGGCUAUGUGAUGGACUAGCAGCCUGUCUAGGUUAGUUUAUGGCCAGAAUUUACAUAUUUAUUUUAAAUGCUACUUAUCCCAUGUAGUUUGGAGCAAUGAAUGAGAAAAAAAUGUAACAUCUUGUAUUCAUGGAGAACUCAGACAUCAAACUUUCUGAUACAAUGGGUGUCUAUGAAGAUCAUCACUGAACCUCAGCAAAAAAAUGGAAAAUGUCUUUUAAACAAAUUUCAUGUUACUUAUGCUGUAUAAUCCACAUAUCUGUUGUAAGAUACCUUUAGGUCAUGACACUGAGCAAAUUUUAAUAAAUACAAACAUUGUGCUCAGGCUCCAGGUGGUAGCAGGUACUCAUGGAAACACACACAAGUGUCUCCAGAGUGAUGAUGGGACAGUUGGAUAGCCAUGCAUUCACAUAUAGAUGUGCAUGGUCCUGCCAGUUUACUUGUUAACACUCCAGGGUUUGCGAUUGCAGCAUCUGUGCUGAAAUCAAGCAUGAAAGGAACUAGGGCAGGGGCAGAAGGAGAAGACAAAAAGAAAGAAUGGGAGAAAGAGAGAGAACUGGAGGUUAAAUUGAAAGUGAAAGAGAAGGGCAGGUGAAAAUGUGGAUGGGAGAAAAUAGCCCCAAAGCAUGUGCCUGACACUUGAAUCAUUUUAUGUAAAAUACAAACCAGUUUAUUCCUCCAAAGAAUUUGUGUAGUGUUUCUUCUAGAGCUGACAUUUUGAGCAUUUUGUUUUGCUUUGGUACAAAGUCCUUAGCUGUAAAGGCAGCUGCCAGGCACUCUUAACUUCAGUUCAAAUUUUGGUUCUCCACACAGGCGGUGUUUGGCAUGCACUUUUUUAAGUCUCAUCUGAUAAGACUGAUCAGUCAUAGACAAAGUGACACCCAGAGAUGUCUCCGCGAUGCACCAUUUAAACACUUGGCCAGUGAACAUAGAGCUGGUAAGUCAACGACUGGCAACGUGGGUGGUGAAAACAUUGCACCAAUCAUCAGCCAAAAGGUUGGGCUUUUGUGCAUCCAAGAUACUAACGGCAGAACAUGAACUCCUUCCUUUAUAAUCCUUUGCCAAUGUUAGAUCUGUUCUUUCUCUAUAUACUCUGCUUGCUUUCAGCCUGACCAUAAUUUCUGCUCCAUAUAGCAGAACCCCUGUUGACUAGAGCAUGACCACAACAAAAGAUGCAAAUACAGUAAUCCCUCCUCCAUCGCGGGGGUUGCGUUCCAGAACCCCCUGCGAAAGGUGAAAAUCCGUGAAGUAGGAACCAUAUAUUCAUAUGGUUCUUUUUAUAUAUUUUAAGCCCUUAUAAACUCUCCCACACUAUUAUAAACAUUUCCUGCACAAUUAUACAGCAUAAACCCUUUGUAUUCUCUUAGAUAUUAGGUAAGAUUCGUUGAAAUUAUGUAUGUAAACACAGUUUAUAUACAGUAAAACCUAAAUAUUAUUUUAAAGAUAUCGAGCGUCUCCGAUAUCACAUAUGUUACAGCCAUUACGACAGACAGGCCACCAGCAAUAAAUACGUACAAUGCAAGAAAAAUUGUAUACAGUAAAAUGUGUGUACAGUGACACUAAACUAUGUACAUGUAAUAAGUACUGUACGUAGAUAAUUAAUUAUGGUUACUCACCAACAAUGAGUUUAAUUUUACUGCACAACAAAGGAUAGCGUUACAGCUCUUCUAAAGGAGCCUCUUCAGGCGAUUGUGUAGCACCGCCGUUGUUCUCCUUCCAUCACUCUUCAAUCCAAAUCCCUAAAGCAGAUUCCAUCCAGACUACUGCCUUAUUACGUGCACUUGCAGCUCGUUUUGUGCCCUGCUUAAAGGACACUGCGGCUGUAGAUCUUAUAUGCUUUUCCUCCUUUUUAAAUAAAAAGAAUCGUGGACUCACUGAUGCUGCAAUGGUGUCCUGCAGCGGUGUAGCUGUUCCCUUCCUUCAACAUAUCCAAAACUUUUACCUUUUCUGCAAUCAUUUGCAUCUUCUGUUGGUGCUUGGACACGGCCCCUGAAGCAGUAGCAGGAGCACGUUAAUGCUGAAUGAGUGAGAUGAGACUUCCUGGUUAAUGCAGCACUCCGUCGCUGAGCCAAUCAGCACACAGGAACUUAACUGUAUGCUCUGAUUGGGUAGCUUCUCAGUCAUCCGCCAAUAGCGUCCCUUGUAUGAAAUCAACUGGGCAAACCAACUGAGGAAGCAUGUACCAGAAGUAAAAAGACCCAUUGUCCGCAGAAACCCGCAAAGCAGCAAAAAAUCCGCGUUAUAUAUUUAGAUAUACUUACAUAUAAAAUCCGCGAUAGAGUGAAGCCGUGAAAGCCGAAGCGCGAUAUAGCAAGGGAUUACUGUAUCCCUUUUAAUCCUAAGGACAACCUGGUACCUCAUUGGAAAAAUGGAAGAAAGUCUGUAUUGGAGUAGGACAAGGGUACCACAGGUCCAAACUUUGCUAGAGUAAAGCAAAGUACACAAACAAAAGAGAGACCUACAUAAAGCUAUAUGUCCAUCUUGCUGAAUCACUGAUCACAAACUACACAGUAGAUGUAAAUUGUUUGCUAACAAAAGAGGCCCACAGUGUCUGAAACCUCUGAAAAAACUGCAGUACCAACUGCAAACAGAAGGUGUUACCAAGGUGAAGAAGAGCGUCUGAACAAAGAAUAAAAAAAUUGCACUGAAGAUCUUUUGACAUGUACUGGAGAAUGUCAACACAGAAGGAUAGAAGCAAAGCAUCCCCUGCACUCGGAGUCAACAAGCACCAAACCAUAAGUACACCUACUUUGAUUCCAUAGUAGUAGUUAGGAUAAGGCCAGGUAAUGUGUUAUUGUUAUUGGUAUUACUGUAACUGAAAAGUACUAUGCAUUUUGAAGGAUAAGCUUUUUGCUGUUAUAAGUUUCUCUUCCUAAAUUUAAUAAGAAAGUUCAAAGCAGCUUCACACACACACACAUGAAGAAACUGUGCAUGGUAAACCAGUGUAGACUGGCUCUGAGCAAAUUAAUGCCACCAUCAUGGUGAAGACACUAAAAACUUAAUAACUAGAUAAAGAACUUAUCCAUUUUGACCACAUUAAUAGAAAGAUCAGAAUGAAUAAGUUAUGUGCCUUUUACUAUAAGAAAGAAAAAGUUCAAACUAAGCUGGUGUAAAUCUAUGUUUUAUGUUGUUUUUUAUUGUCCUUCAUUUAUGUAUGUGUAUAUAUGUAUAUAUAUAUAUAUA